ACGGUGCUAGACAAUAUAGAGCCUUCCAGUAGGGCUGGGGACUGAUUUGCAAAGGCUUUGCAGCCUGUAGAUGAGGCCUUUACCAAUUAAACAGCUCCACUUUUGGGUAAUUAAGGUUUGUGCCUGUGAAGAGAUUUAAUUGGGAUAUUCUUCUUUCCCUUUGACCAGGUGAGCCCCAUAUGGGGGUUGGCAGGCAGCAGAGAGGACCCUUUCAAGGUGUGCGUGUGAAAAACUCGGUGAAGGAGCUCCUGUUGCACAUCCGAAGUCACAAACAGAAGGCUUUGGGCCAGGCUGCGGGUGAUUUUAAGACUCAAGGCGUGAACACGGAGCCAUUCGCAGAACUGAAGAGCACAUUAUCAUAUAUUGGGAAAAGGACGGGGCCUGAUUCAUUGUCUGAUGGACCCGCUUGCAAAAGGCCAGCUCUGUUGCACACCCAGUGUUUGACACCACCCCAAACGCCAACACCAGGGCUCGAGAGCAUGGACGAUGUUCAUCACAGGGACCCCAAACCCGACCGCUGUGCCGACCUGCUUCAGAACAUUAUCAACAUCAAGAACGAAUGCAGCCCAGUGUCCUUGAACACAGUCCAGUUUAGCUGGAUGAGCCCUGGGGCCAUCCCGCAGAGUUCUCCCAGAGAGCCAUGUCAGGAUUUCCAUGGGGGGCAGGUCUUCUCUCCACCUCAGAAAUACCAACCAUGUCAAGUCAGUGGCUCCCCUCAAGUGAUGGAUCAGGCUUCCUUGUACCAGUAUUCUCCACAGAACCAGAAUGCGCAGCAGCAGCCACCACAGCAGUAUCAUCCCCACACCCCAAGUCUGGAAUAUAGUCCUUAUUCUGGAACUCAGUCCCCCAACUAUGAACUGAAUCUCUUUGAUGGGGAGGCCCCACAUUUCUGCCCAAAUCAAAGUUUUGCAUCUCUCCUAAGUCAUCAUGGGGAAUCUGAGAACACAGCCGUUCCCAUGCAGACCCCCCCCAGUAUCCAGCAACCCAGUGGGGCCCACCUACAAAACUCCAUCGCGAUGCCGAGCAGUGCCUGUGAGGCCAUGGCCAGACACAGUGCAGGGUCUCCCCCAGUAAGCACCCCACUGCCGUUCCAGAGCAUCACUGGAAAUCCAAUGAAUACCACCCAGUUAGGAAAAUCCUUUUUUCAGUGGCAAGUCGAGCAGGAAGAAAGCAAGUUGGCAAAUAUUUCCCAAGACCAGUUCCUUUCGAAGGAUGCAGAUGGUGACACGUUUCUCCAUAUUGCUGUUGCCCAAGGGCGAAGGGCACUUUCUUACGUCCUUGCAAGAAAGAUGAAUGCACUUCACAUGUUAGAUAUUAAAGAGCACAAUGGACAGAGUGCAUUUCAGGUGGCAGUGGCUGCCAAUCAGCACCUCAUUGUGCAGGAUCUGGUGAACCUGGGGGCCCAGGUGAAUACCACGGACUGCUGGGGAAGAACACCUCUGCACGUCUGCGCUGAGAAGGGCCACUCCCAGGUGCUUCAGGCAAUUCAGAAGGGAGCCGCGAGGAGCAGUCAGUUUGUGGAUCUCGAGGCGACCAACUACGAAGGCCUGACUCCACUUCACUGUGCAGUUGUGGCCCACAAUGCUGUGGUGCAUGAACUCCAGAGAAACCAGCAGCCCCACUCACCUGAAGUUCAGGAGCUGCUACUGAAGAACAAGAGUCUGGUUGACACCAUUAAGUGUCUGAUUCAAAUGGGAGCAGCAGUGGAAGCCAAGGAUCGUAAAAGUGGCCGCACAGCCCUGCAUUUGGCAGCAGAAGAAGCAAAUCUGGAACUCAUUCGUCUCUUUUUGGAUCUGCCCAGUUGCUUGUCUUUUGUGAAUGUAAAGGCUUACAAUGGAAACACUGCCCUCCACGUUGCUGCCAGCCUGCAGUAUCGGGUGACACAGUUGGACGCAGUCCGCCUGCUGAUGAGGAAAGGAGCAGACCCGAGUAUGCGCAACUUGGAGAAUGAGCAGCCUGUGCACUUGGUUCCCGACGGCCCUGUGGGAGAACAGGUGAGGACCACAGAAGUGGGACGGCAUCCCUGCAGCUACUCGCAUCCGACAGACCCAGGGCUGAGGGCUACUGUCCAGUCUGUGUACGCAUAUCACACCUCAGAGGUAAUGGCUCUGUUUUCAAAUGAAGAGUAGGGAAUUUGAGGAUUUAUCGCCGGAUCCCAAAUGGUCAGCUAGUCUAUUCUCCUCUUCCUUGUUGCACACUGGGUUUUAGAGUUACUCAGAAUGAUGGGAUUUGGAAGUCAGCGCCAUAGCUGACUAAACAAGGAAUAGAGGUUAUUUCUGUGACUCAAAACUUAGAAAUAUUUUACUAUCGAAGCCAAACUAAGCUUCAUUUCUCAACUACGGCUCUGCCUUGCCACUGGAGGUUGAAUAGUUGUCCACCAGUGAACAUCCCAUGUGCCUUAACGCCAUUUUAAGAGGCCUACCUCAAGUGGAUGGCUUUAAAGAACAAAUUCCGAGGCCCAUUUCAGUCUGAAUUCAGGGGAAAGCACCCGCAUCCUCUCUUGUCAACUCUGGGGGAGGUCCUUGGGUCAGCCUCUGAAGCCUGGUGUCCCUUGAUUCCUGGCACCUCUCUCCCCAUUUUUGCCACCUUGUUUCUGUGUGUUCUGGUCCUUAGAGCGCAGAGCAGUGAGUUUGAGAACAUAACCAGAGUAACUCCAAGAACAGCAAAGAAAAACCGAUUUCCAAAUGGGAUCGGGCCCACAGGUUAGGAGUUAGAACUGUGGCACGUGGUUUGGGGAGGCUCGGUAUAGUCCAUCAUGCUUGUUAGGCUGUGGGGCCAAUUUCCGCUCAUAGCAACCCCACAUGCCAGGGCAGGACUGCCCUAUCGAGUUUUCUAGACAUUAAUCUUUAGGGGAACAGACUUCCAGUCUAUCUCCUGCUCCCUCACGCUGGAUAAUGAGGAUUUAGCCUUUGAAGAAUGUAGCUUUGUGAUGGCAGCCUUUCCUUCAGCGGAAUUACCAUCUGUAGGUUGGCCCCCUUUCAUAACCACAAAAUAAAAUGUAUAGAGUUUGCCCAUUUCUCUGACUCAGUCCUCAUCCUGAUUAUAGUAUUUUAGCAACACAUGUUUAGCUCUGUAUAAUUGGAAAAUAAAUCUCUGGCUUAUAACGAGCUCCCAUGUUUCAUGCCACUCAGUGGUUAUGAAAAGUGCACAGUAUAGAGGUUCAAUUGAAAAAAUCCCGUCACUCAGCGGCCCCUGGGACGAAACCUAGUGAUUUGACAUGGAUCUCAGCCCAGGAUUUACUUCUGUCUCACUGGUUGUGGAAGGCUUCCACACUGCACUGUCCAGGGACAGUUCAGAUAUGCAGGGCGAAUGCACGCUUCACUAAUUGUUCUCAGAUAACUCUCUCUUCCCCCUUUUGAUUUUUGGGGUGCACAUGUUCUUGUCCCUUGUUUCUCUUGUCACGUUUUGGCUGCUGUGUGCCCUCCUCAAGAACCUGACUGCCAGUGAGUCAAUGCUGAUGCAGAGCGGCCGUACAGGACAGGGUCGGACUGCCCCUGUGGGCUCCCAGACUAACUGUGUGCCCUUAUAGCAGCUACCAAUUGCAUUACCUACCCCAGUCUUUUUUAACUUUGUUGUUUCUAAGCUGCAGCGGGCCCAGGAAUAGGUCCAAUGUGUCAGGCUGCAGCACACAAUAAAUGACGAGGCUCUGAAUGAAAACUGGGGCCCUUAUCAGUGACCCACAAAGUUCUGUGAUGGCUGCUUUGAUUUGAAGGGCUUUCAGACUUACUCGUGUGCACAGAAAUUUGGAUUUUAGAUUCUUGUCGAGGCUGACUUCAAGAUUCGUGUGCUAUUAUAAUAAAGAGUGUAAAUACUGUCUUGUAUUACGUAUUCUCACAAAUAGCAAGCGUAAAGAACAGGACGCGAGCCUGGGUCUUGAGUGACCCUGGCUUGCAGGACCGAGUAGAAUAAGGCUGCUCUUGAUGGAGGCAGACUGUCUUCUGCUGUGGAGUGGCUUGUGGGUGUGAACUGCCAUUCUUCAGCAGCCAAGCACUUAGCUGCUGUGCCGGCAGGGUUUCUGUGAGCUGCCUUCAAGCCUUGGGAAGUGCCGUCAGAUCAGUCAACAGGAAUGGCAUACACGUGCAGAGGGAGUGCAACUCUGAAGGAAACCUGAUACUCUGUCCAUAGGAAAACAGCCCUCCUAAGUCCUCCUCUCUCUCUUGCAGAUCCGCCGCAUCCUGAAGGGAAAGUCCAUUCCGCAGAGAGCCGCACCGUAUUAGCCCCGCCGCCACCGGCGCGGAGCCUGGUC